GUGUUAUUAAUGACCUGCCCUAAAAUGCCGAAGGCAACACCUGAUCCCGAUGUCAGCGGUAAGAGCUGAGAAAACAGCUCGAAGAGCUCGCGCGCUUAGCUCAAUCCUCAGGUAGACAGGUAGAAGACAAUGUCAAGGGACAGGAAUACCCAAAUCAAGUCCAUUGAAAGCAAACAAUCAACAGGCCGAACAGACAAUGGGCGACUUUGAAAUGCCAAUGAGGAUGGCCCGAGCUCAGUACCGGUCGCGUUCCAAAGCUGAAUGCUCUUCGUGUGCCUUGUUCUUGUUGUUGUCGAUGGCGACAGAUCAGGUUGCGAUGGGUUGCGUCGCGUUGCGUGUUGCUACAACAACUCCUGCCUGAUAUCUCGAUCUUGAUGCCCUCGUCCGCACGCUCCCGCUCUAACAGCGGCUGUCCCUCUUUCCCUUUCGUUGAUCUCGUAUACCUGUGUCAUGCGAACCCUUACGAGUCUCAGCUCAGAUAUAAUUCGGCAAUCGCUGCAUUCGGGAAUUCAGUUAUAGCUCUCAACUGGACCGGCACGGUCGUGUCACUCGCCUUAAGAACAAACAAGACUACGCGAAUCAUGCUAUUGAAAGUGAAAUUGUUUUAUUUGUUUGCGGGAUCAUUGGCAUUCGCAUUCCACUUCGACGAGGCACAUGGCAAGGGAUGGCCACGCGCUCCAUUGGAGGACGAUUACGAUUUUGAUUUCAAGGAACAGCCAGAGGACUUUUACAGCAUGGCAACUGUGACAUAUGAACAGCAAGCUAAUACUCAUUCGGAAGUUGGACUGCUAGAGUUUAGGUCACAAACAUCAGAGCUCAGACCUCAGGCGCAGCAUAUCAAAAGAGAAUAUGCAAAGAGGAUUUCAUUUCGAAAGCACAUCCGACAACAUAGCACAUCACAGGAUUCUGUCCCGACUCAUGCAAAUCCCAAGGAAGAGCCGCCGCUACUCUGGACUGACGAGUCGAAUGACUUUCUGCCAGCUAGUCAACGGUUUCGACGGGGCGUCACUGUGCGCAAGGAGCGUACAUGGGACUAUGGGGUCAUUCCAUAUGAGAUUGACUCCAUAUUCAGCGGCGCUCACAAGGCGCUGUUUAAGCAGGCGAUGCGCUACUGGGAGAACUACACGUGCAUCAAGUUUGUGGAGCGCGAUCCAAAGGUGCACACCAACUACAUUUACUUCACCAUCAAGAGUUGCGGUUGCUGCUCUUUUCUGGGCAAGAAUGGCAGUGGGCGACAGCCCAUCUCCAUUGGGCGCAACUGCGAGAAGUUCGGCAUCAUCAUCCACGAGCUGGGCCACACGAUCGGGUUUCAUCAUGAGCACGCUCGCGGGGAUCGGGACAAGCACAUCAUCAUCAACAAGGCAAACAUAAUGCGUGGCCAGGCCUACAAUUUCGACGUUUUGUCGCCGGAGGAGUUCGACGAGCCGCUCUUGCCGUACGAUUACAAUUCCAUUAUGCACUAUGCCAAGAACUCCUUCUCGAGGAGUCCAUAUCUAGACACGAUCACGCCCAUUGGCUUACCGAAAGGCGCCCAAAUUGAGCUGGGCCAACGGCGCCGCCUCAGUCGAGGCGACAUUCUGCAGGCCAAUCUGCUAUACAAGUGCGUCGCCUGUGGACGCACCUUUCAGCAGAACAGCGGGCAGAUUGUGUCUCCUGAAUAUGUUUACACGGAGAACGGUGUAGUCAAUGAGUAUGAAGGCAGCGGCGAUGACGGCGUUAAGGAAUCCGCUGAUAACAGCUGCGAGUGGCGGAUUACCGCUACCAAUGGCGAAAGGAUCAUUUUGCAUCUCCAGGAUCUGCAGCUAAUGUCCUCGGAGAACUGUACGAAGGACUACUUGGAAAUCCGUGACGGCUAUUGGCACCGAUCUCCGCUCGUUCGUCGCCUCUGCGGCAAUUCCAGCGGCGAGAUAAUCACGACCGAUACGAGUCGCAUGCUGAUCAAUUAUGUUAAUCGCAAUGCUGCUCUGGGUUAUAGGGGAUUUAAGGCUCGCUUUGAAGUGGUCUGCGGUGGAGAGAUUCACUUGAGCAAGGGUCAGUCCAUAGAUUCGCCCAACUAUCCGCUAGAGUAUAUGCCUGGCAAGGAAUGCAUAUGGCGGAUUACAGCCCCACCCAACCAUCAGGUGGCGCUCAAGUUUCAGUCCUUUGAGCUCGAGAAGCACGACAGCUGUAUCUAUGAUUACAUUGAAAUACGUGACGGCAGUCGAAGCGACUCGAAGCUGAUCGGACGCUUCUGCGGCGACAAGCUGCCGCCCAACAUCAAGACUCACAGCAAUCAGAUGUUCAUCAAGUUCGUGUCGGAUGGCUCUGUCCAAAAGCUGGGCUUCUCCGCGGCACUCAUGCUGGACGUGGACGAGUGCAAAUUCAUGCAGCACGGAUGCCAGCACAUAUGCAUUAACACCUUGGGCAGCUACCAGUGCGGCUGCCAUGCUGGCUACGAGCUCCAGGCCAAUGGGAAAUCCUGUGAAGAUGCAUGCGGGGGCAUUGUGAAUGCUACAGUAUCCAACGGAACAAUUUAUUCACCAUCUUAUCCAGAUCUGUAUCCCAAUGCCAAGAAGUGUGUAUGGGAGAUCGUGACUUCGGUGCAUCACUCAGUGUUCCUCAACUUUACACACUUUGAUCUGGAAGGCACUAAAUUCCAGUAUACCAAGUGCAGUUAUGACUAUCUCAUCAUCUACUCGAAGAUGCGGGACAACCGGCUGAAGAAGAUCGGCAUAUUCUGCGGCAACGAGCUGCCGCCUAUUGUGAACUCAGAGCAGAAUGUACUGCGGGUGGAGUUCCACUCGGAUCGUACAAUACAACGAAGCGGGUUCGCGGCCCAAUUCAUACUAGAUGCGGACGAGUGUGCAGUGAACAACGGAGGCUGCCAGCACAGAUGCCGGAACACCUUUGGCGGAUACCAAUGCAGUUGCAGGAAUGGCUACACUUUGAACAAGGACGGACACAACUGCACGGAGACCAAGUGCAAGUUCGAAAUCACCUCGUCGUAUGGCGUGCUACACAGUCCCAACUAUCCCAACGACUAUGCGCGGAAUAUCUAUUGCUAUUGGCACUUCCAGACGGUGCUCGGACAUCGCAUCCAGCUGACGUUCCACGACUUCGACGUGGAGAGUCAUCAGGAGUGCAUAUACGACUAUGUGGCCAUCUACGAUGGUCGCUCCGAGAAUAGCUCUACGCUGGGCAUCUACUGUGGCGGGCGGGAGCCGUAUGCUGUGAUUGCAUCCACAAAUGAGUUGUUCAUGGUCCUCAAGACGGAUGCUGGCCUGCAGCGCAAAGGCUUCAAAGCGACAUUCUCAUCCGAGUGCGGCGGCUACUUGCGGGCCACGAAUCACACGCAGAUUUUCUACUCCCAUCCACGAUACGGCAGCCGAUCUUAUAAACACAAUAUGUACUGUGACUGGCGCAUCGAGGCGGAUCCAGAUAGCAGCGUGAAGAUCAAGUUUCUUCACUUCGAGGUCGAGUUCUCUGAACGAUGUGAUUACGAUUUCCUGGAAGUCACCGAGGAGGGCAACGCGAUGAACACCAUCCAUGGGCGCUUCUGCGGCAAACGCAAGCCACCAAUAAUUAUUUCCAACUCCGACACGCUCCUUUUAAAGUUUCAAACAGACGAAAGCAACGCACUCCGUGGAUUCGCCAUAUCCUUUGUGGCAGUCGAGCCACCAGACGACGAUGGAGGCGACGACUUUGAUGCAGUAACGCCAUUUCCUGGUUAUCUUAAGAAUAUGUACGCUGAAACGGCACUAGGCGAAGAGCAACCAGUUCAACAUGGACAUAUUUUGCCGCCCAGCAGUCUAAUUUAA